UCUCAAUUCUUCCAGCCCUCUCUCUCUCGAUUAGAGAAAGGAGACCCAUCCCAUCAGGUGAGAAAGGAGUCUCAGACAAACGAGAGAGAUAGAGAGAGCAGACCCAUAAGAGGGGAAAGGAGUCUCUCAGAGAGAAAGGAUGUGUUUGGUGGUGGUGUGCGACGAGGAGGAGAGGGUGGUGGGGCGGCAGGUGGCGCCGGGAGCGUGCCCAUACUGCGGGGGGGUGGUCGAGCUGGUGGACGUACAGAGGCAGUGGAAUCUGUGUUUCCUCCCUCUCUUCUUCAACACCAAGCGUCGAUUCUACUGCACUCUCUGCUCCAGGCGCCUCGUUCUCCAUUCCCCCUGACUCUAGCUAGCUAUCUCUUAUCUGCCGGUUAGCGCGCAGCUGAUGAUGAUGAUGAUCCAUCUUCUUUAUUUCUUUUUCUGUCUUUCUUCUUCUUCUUCUUCUUCGUCUUCCUGUUUGGUCUUUUCCUUUGUGGAUCAUCUUUUGAUGUACAAUAUUUUUAUUUAACAGCCCCCACCUGGCCUGCAUCUGUACCUGAGGAAGAGUUCUGAACUACUGAAUGAAUACUAUUGCCUAUUCAUGGGGCAAUCGCUUGCACAAAA